AUGUAUUUUACAGUAGAUAUUGACGGCCCAUAUCAGCCAGUCGCCAUUGUGGGCAUGGGCUGUCGAUGGGCCGGCGGUGUUCGUGAUGCCCCUGGAUUGUGGGAUCUCCUUAGAAGUAACCGCGAUGGGUGGAAAGAGUUCGCCGAUCCGCGGUUUUCCAACAAAGGUUUCUAUCACCCCAACCAAGAUAGGGCAGGAUCGAUGAGGACGCGAGGGGGUUUUCUUGUGGAAGAAGAUGCCCGGCUUUUCGACCAUAGUUUCUUUGGCAUCAUAGGCCGCGAGGUGGAAACCAUGGAUCCGUCGCAGCGGAAACUGCUCGAGGUGGUGUACGAAGCUUUCGAGAGUGGAGGAGAAACUUUAGAUAGUAUCUCAAACACACGCACAGGAGUCUAUAUUGGUAACUUCGCCCUCGACCACCUUCUUAUCCAAGCACGGGACUGGGAAAGUCCGAAGCCGUAUGCAGCAACGGGGGCAGACACAAGCAUUCUCGCCAAUCGUAUCAGCUACAUAUUCAACCUUCAUGGUCCAAGUCUUACUACAAAUACUGCAUGUUCAUCAUCCAUGUACGCUUUGCACAUGGCUGUGAGUGCCAUUCGCAGUGGCGAUUGUGAUGGCGCAAUAGUCGCAGCAGCCAACUGGAUCUCGGACCCCAGCAUGCAGUUUGUAUUGGACAAACUAGGUGCUUUGUCUCCGACGUCCCGAUGCCACACUUUUGACGCAUCUGCAGACGGGUAUGCAAGGGGCGAGGGCUACGCUGCUUUGUAUCUGAAGAAAUCCUCGGUCGCUAUACUUGAUGGCUUACCUAUACGAGCCAUGAUCCGCGGCACAGCUAUAAACGCCAACGGUCGAGCUGGUGGAAUUACCCGUCCCAAGAGUGCAGGGCAAGAGGAUGUCAUUCGGAAGGCAUAUGAAAAUUCCGGUAGCCUGCCUUUCUCAGACACGACUUUCUUCGAGUGCCAUGGCACAGGGACCCAAGCUGGCGACCCCAUCGAAGUCUCGGCGAUUGGGAGUGUGUUUGCGUCUUCGAGGUCGGACUCACCCGAAGAUCGUCUCCUGAUUGGCUCCAUUAAGCCAAAUCUGGGACACACCGAAGGAGCAAGUGCCAUCUCAUCUGUCAUGAAAGUUGUUCUUUCACUCGAAGCAGGAGCGAUCCCACCGACUUUUGGUGUAACGAGGCUGAAUCCGAAUAUCAGUUUUCAAGACGCGAAGGUGGAGGUUGUCACAGGCGCUACUAUUCCCUGGCCAGAAGGCAAGCUGCGUCGUGCGAGUAUAAACUCUUUUGGGUUUGGCGGAGCGAAUGGGCAUUGUGUUAUCGAUCACGUGAAUAACGUGCUUCCUGAAUACGUGAAGCCGGGUAUCGUCCGUAGUCAACUUCAUGGAAACGAUGCUUCCAAGAAUGGACAGAAUGGUACAGCCAACAUCGCGAAAAAUGGGAAUGGUACAAAAUCAGCCGUACCGAGCCACAUGCCUCCCAUUUAUAAGCCCAUAAUGAUUGCCAAUGCGCAGGCACAGACUCGGCAGCUGGUGUUACUAUCGUUCUCAGCACACAGCACCUCUUCUCUGAAGCUAAACAUUGAAGCCCUGUCAGACGCCGUCGGACAAUGGCCACUGGCAGAUCUGGCCUGGACACUGGCUGAAAAACGCUCCAGAUUACAGCAUCGUACCUUCCGGAUAGUUGACAAAGAUGACGUUUCGGCGGGUUUGUCAGUCGAUCAGCGUCUAUUCACGAGCUCGUUGCAGGUAGCCAACGUUGGAUAUGUUUUCACAGGCCAGGGCGCGCAAUGGCAUUCUAUGGGUGCGGGAAUGCUCCAAUAUGAGGUCUUUCAGGCCACGAUCGCAUACCUGGAUGAUGUUCUAGCCACACUGCCUAACCCGCCUGCGUGGGAAAUCAUGGAAACCUUAUCCGGAGCCUAUGAUUUAGACCACAUCCAAUCCCCAAUAGUCUCGCAGGUCGCCUGUACAGCGCUCCAGAUUGGCCUCGUUGAUAUUUUAGCGUCGUGGGGAAUACGUCCAGUUGCAGUUGUCGGGCACUCGUCCGGUGAGAUGGCCGCAAGCUAUGCGUCGGGGCAUGUUUCAGCUUCCGAGGCUAUCACAUCUGCCUACUUCCGUGGCGUCGCCGUCUCAGGAAACAAGAAGCAAGGGGCCAUGUUAGCUGUCGGCUUGAGCGCAGAUCAAGUAACGCAGUAUCUUCAUGGUAGAGAAGAGCAGAUCAGGAUUGCUGCAAUCAACUCUCCCGGGAGUGUUACGAUUUCUGGUGAUGUGGACGCCAUUGAGAUCCUUACUGGCGUCUUGACCAAAGACGGAGUGUUUGUUCGAGCCCUUCGCACAGGAGGAAAUGCAUAUCAUUCUCACCACAUGAUUGACAUCGGCAGAGAUUACAGCAACAUGUUAUCAGGCGGGAUUGAACAUAUUAAAGAGGCAGGACUGGUAGACGACAGGCAAAAGUAUCCAUUGAUACCAUGGAUAUCAAGUGUGACACCGGACAAAACAGUCACUGGAAACCCAGUCAUGGCCUCCUACUGGCGGGCUGAUCUCGAGUCGCCAGUUCGAUUCACACAGGCCGUCACAAAUAUGAUGGCUUUAAAAGAUUGUCCGACAAUUGACGUGCUAGUGGAGAUCGGUCCUCAUCCCGCUUUGAAAAGUCCUGUGGAGCAGAUUUUGAAGAGUAUCGGCAAAACGAUACAUCACGUCGGAACACUCAGUAGGGGGAAAGACGAUCAAGACUCGAUGUUGCACCUCGCAGGAACAUUGUUUUGCUUGAACACAGGAGUCAAUUUGGCUGCAGUAAACGGGAUUGAUGAUAAGCUCGGGGACGGGAGCUGGUGUCUCACCCAUGGUUGUACGAUAGCUGACCUCCCAACAUACAGAUUCACAUAUGGCCCGGUAAGCUAUGCUGAAGGAAUGGCCAGCAAAGACUACAGACUACGAAGCGUUUUGCGACAUGACCUGAUUGGGUCCAUAAUACCAGGCUCCAGCAAGCUUCAACCACAAUGGCGCAAUUCCCUUCGUAUCAAGGACAUCCCUUGGCUUGGCGAUCACCGCUUGUUACCAGCGACAUUGGUAGAUGCCGUAUUUCCUGCUGCUGGCUUCAUUGCAAUGGCAAUAGAAGCCGCCACGCAAGCUCACCAUGGCCUCUCAGAUUCUUCUACGAUCACAGGAUAUUCACUGCGCAAAGUCGACAUCAAAACUGCUCUUCGAAUCCCGGAAGAUGAUGAUGGUAUCCAUAUUUUCCUCAGCUUGAAACUUGCAGAUACGGCAACAGCGAAAUCACCGUCCUGGACUAGUUUCACGGUCCACUCUGUAGGGCAAAACUCGAAUGAGUGGGUUGAGCAUUGUACUGGAUUAGUGAAAAUCGAAACUUCUGAUUACAUACCAUCCAAAACUCUGGAUGCUCAGAUGGACCCCCGAUUCCCGGAUGAGCGCUCUUGGUACAGAAGAUUCGCCGACAUUGGUAUUGGAUACGGGCCAACAUUUCAGCCACUCUCGAUGAUUGAAGUUGAUCCAACCAGCAACAUCGCCAAGGCAGCUGUCAGGCUUGAUACCACCGCUGGAACCAUCGAUGGAGGCGAGUCAUUCUACCCAAUCCACCCGGCCUCUUUAGACGCAACCUUUCAGCUGGGCCUCAUUGCUUGCUAUGGAGGACAAAUAGAGGCAGCGAACACUGCUUUCGUUCCGGUUCAUCUGUCGCAGUUAUAUCUCAGGACUGGCCUUAGCCAGACUCGAGGCACCGCCAUCGCUCACGGAAGGAUUCAAGGCCUUCGAGGUGCAUAUAUACAGCUUCAAAUGCUAGAUCAGAAUGGCGAUGUUACUUUAGAGAUUGAUACACUGCGUUGUAUUAGUUUCAAAGAAUCCAAGACAUCGGGAAAAAGCCAACACGAGAAGAAUUACAGCAGCCCGUUUACUAGGCUGGCUUGGAAGCCAGAUAUACGCACCCUGAGCAACUGCCAAAUACAGAAAUUGUUUCCGCCACCCCCAAAAAAUUCUGCAGGGGCUUUACAACUGGAAAAGGUCGAUAUGCUUUGCUGUUUAGCUGUGGCAGACGUAUAUGACAACUUUGUGAAAUGCACUGAUGGACCUCAGCCGCAAGGUGAAUUACGCCACUGGCUAGCUUGGGUCAAACAUUGCGGUGAGAACGACGAGCGGGCAAGCAUGUCAGAGGCUAGAAGCCUACCAGAAGCCCAGCGUCGCCAUAGACUCAACAAUUUGUACAUUGAGCUGGGUGAUAGGCCUGAAGCUAUCGCAGCUCGACGACUCCAUGAAAACAUGCGAGAGAUACUCGAUGGGCACAAAAACGGAAUCGACGUGCUGGUACCGGACGGACUUCUGACUUUACUUUACGAAAUAGGCCAUGUGAUCACAGGUUCCUACCCACAAAUUUCCAGAGUCAUGGACCGUCUUGGACAUGCAAACCCUAGCUUGCGCAUACUCGAGGUCGGGGCUGGCACAGGUACGGCAACACGUGUUGCAAUGAAGGCAUUGACUGGUUCCAAUGGCUUCAAACGUUACGCGGACUACACUUUCACAGAUAUCUCGCCCGGCUUCCUGACGGCUGCCCAUGAUUUCAUGUCAGAAUACGACGACGUGAUAUACUCAGUUCUGGACAUUGAGCAGGACCCGUUGUCGAGUGGUUACGAACCGGUUUACGACGUCGUCCUAGCAUGUGAGGCGAUACAUGCAACUGCUAAUAUGGACAAGACGCUGUCAAAUUGCCGAAAGCUCCUGAAGCCUGGUGGAAAGCUGGUACUAGUAGAGAGUACUCGCAUGAGGGUUUUGUUGAGUCUUCUGUACGGUACACUGACCGGGUACUGGGCAGGCUCCGCAGACGGCCGCACUGAGGGCCCUUUCAUGAAUGAACAAACCUGGGAUAUGCGCCUCAAGCAAGCAGGUUUCUCAGGAAAGGAGCUCAUCCUCAAUGACUAUGAUAGUCCACACAGUACUACGUCUGUCAUCGUCUCGACCAGCCUCGCGGAGGAAAAUAUGGAAAAGCCCAACACCGGUGACGCCCGUGAGGACAUCAAGAUGAUACACAUUGUCCAUGGAGGAGUAAAUGUCCCGAAGCUCCUGCAGGAGAUUGUAGACGAAUUUGAGCGUCGUGGAGUCCGAACUAAGAAGAUAGGGCUCGAUGAAGAAAUGGAGCUGGAUGAAGGUUCACGGAUUGUGGUUUUCCUAGGCAAAGAGGAUGACCUCUUUGACGCAGAUGCACAGCGCCUCCAUAAAUUCCAGAAAAUGGUCAAAUCAUCAAGAAGUAUGGUCUGGCUGACCAAAAGCGGCAUGGUUCGAGGCGAAGAUCCUCAGGGUGCCUUCAUGGCCGGACUCUUGCGCACAAUAGCGACAGAAAACCCUGCCAGCAGGUUCCUGUCGAUCGACAUCAACACACAUGAAUCCGAGCCGACCGAGGCUAGGCUCGUGGACAAUAUUAUUGAUCAAGAAUUCAAUCUUCAGGAAGAAGAGCACGAAGAUACAAUCAGAGAGAGCGAGUUCACAUGGCAGGAUGGGUGCAUGUGGGUCAGUUGGGUUCUACCUGAUCAAGGACUAAGUGUUUAUGCUGAAAAGCUGAGCAAGCCAAGUAUUGAAGGUACUAUAAUGCGCCACAUUGGCAGUCAAGACCCCAUACGUGCAGUAUUUGAGACCCCCGGUAUUCUAUCAUCAUUGUACUUCCGAGCCUAUACAGAGCUGCUGCAGCCUCUGCCAGCCAGUAACAUCGAGGUCAAGGUCGCUGCGGUGGGACUCAAUUGGAAGGACCUUGGCCUUACCUCGGAUAAGUUUAAUGCCAACGGCACCAAUCUUUCUUCAGAGUAUACUGGUACCAUAACAAAGAUAGGCGCCAACGUCAAGGGCUUUUCAAUCGGCGACCGUGUCUAUGGAGUUGGAAGAGGGCACUUUGGUACUCAUACAAGCGUGCCAGCUGCAUAUGCACAAAAACUCCAACCCUCAGAUGAUUGGUGUGAACUCGCUACAAUGCCCUUGGUAUACAUGUCAGCGAUUUAUUCAUUUGAGCACGUCGCUAGGCUAAGAAGUGGCCAGAAAGUACUGAUCCAGUCUGCGACUGGAGGACUUGGGCUCGCUGCGAUUCAGGUAGCACAAUCCAAAAAAGCCGAGAUCUUUGCUACCGCAGGUACCGCUGAAAAGAUGCGCUUCCUAGUCGAUAGUAUGGGCAUUGCUCCGGAUCACGUCUUUUCCUCCCGAGACCCCAAAGCUCUGAUCGGUGCUGCUAAAACAACCAUGAAGGGUGGCUUCGAUAUCAUACUCAGUAACGUGGUUGGAGGAGACUUGCUACAUGAUUCCUUGGUUUCUCUUGCUCCAAUGGGCCAUCUCAUUGAUAUUGGCCGUCUGGACGUUCUUGAAUCCAAGGAUAUUGGGCUCGAACUCUUUCAGAAAAACGCCAACUUCUCAUCUUUUGAUCUCAACACCGUCAUUGAAAGCGACCCAGAACUCGGUACAGAACUCAUGAGAACAAUGGACAACUACUAUAGAGCAGGAUUCAUUGCGCCAAUCCGACCCUAUUCUGUCUUUGACAUAUCCGAACUCGAUCAAGUUCUCAUUGGUUUCUCCAAAGGCACGCAUCUUGGAAAAUAUGUUAUGUCUUUCCAGAAACCCGACUCGCUCGUAAAGACCCUUCAAGAGCCCCCGAAGGCGAGCUUUGACACGCAAGCAGUCUACGUGGUUACUGGAGGCCUGGGAGGCCUUGGUCGAGCGAUCAUCAGCUGGAUGGUGAAGCGAGGCGCUCGAGACUUCCUUGUCCUCUCCAGGUUUGGGAUCAGAACGCCAGCAGCUCAACAGUUGGUUGACGGCUUGGCCAGCCAAGAUGUUCGCAUAGAGGCCAUGCUCUGUGAUGUGAGUCGAUGGGAGGAAGUUGAUACCGUCCUGCGCAAGUUAAAAUCCAAAGCCCGACCAGUCAAGGGCGUCGUCCAUGCAGCUAUGUCGUUGUCCGAUCUUUCGUUUGACAGACUUAACAUAGAUCAAUGGCGUAGUGGGUACGCCGCAAAAGCUCUGGGGACAAUCAAUCUACACAGAGCAACACAGUCUCUGCCUCUGGACUUUUUUGUCAUGAUCACAUCGACCGAGUCAAUUUGGGCGCCGCCCACACAGGCUUCCUAUAUCGCAGCCAAUAACUUUCAGAACUAUUUCGCCCGUUACCGUCGCCGCCUAGGUAUGCCCGCUUCGAUGGUCGCAUACGGCCUAGUCAGUGAUGUUGGAUCAGAUUUUCGGCAUACUGCGGUGGGAACAGACGGCAUGUACAUACGCAACAAAGCGUUGACGAUAUCUGAAUACCAGGUCAUAGCUCAACUAGAGCCAGCAUUCCUACGGUCCGAGGACCUCGUCCCUACGCACUCGCAAUGGAUUGGUUACGAACAAGACCCGCUGGCAGCAGCGAACUUCUACACUUGUUUGGAUCCGGCCGCCUUGGCAAGAUUGGAUGCACCAGGUAUUCCGCGGUGGCACAGCGAUGCACGCGUCUCACUUGUUGUACGCUCAAUGCAGGACGCACAGCGACGUGGUACUGGAUCCGAUGCAGAGGAUAAAAAUGGUGAGUCUGGUAAAUCUGCCAUGACGCGCCUGCGACAGGCCUUCGAUGAUGGCGUCAAGGCUGGGGUGGAAGCGCGGGAAGACACAGUCGCACUCGUCGAGGAGGGCAUUACUACGACGGUGGCGGAGAUGCUUUUUAAUGGAAAGUCAAACGUGAACCUUGCAAAGAGCGUUGCCGACCACGGUGUCGAUAGCCUCAUCGCUGCCGAGUUACGCAACUGGUUUCACCAGGCUCUAAGAACAAAUCUCCUGAUGCUGGAUUUGUUGGACGCACACACGAGUAUCAAGGCGCUGGCAGAGAGCGUCGUCGAGAAGGCUCUGGUGAAAUGA